AAUGAAUUCAAAUGAAUUGGAAUAAAAAUAUUUCUUAAAUAUUGGAAUAUUUCUUGAAUAUAUAUAAAGAGUAAUUCUACCAGAGAUGGCAGCAUUAUCAAGAGAUGAUUUAGGCCAAAAACUAAUUUUCAUCAAAAAAUGACUGAGGCCAUUAUUUUAAUAUGGUGACAAUAUUUGAAAUGAUUUGUUAAUUAAUGAAUCAUUUUUCCUUUUAGUUUUUACAUCAGUCAAGGACAUUUAGCUUGAUGAUCUAAGAGGCAAGUAUCCACAUUACUUUAUGCUCGUUGCCAUUUAAUAGCAACACAACCGCUCAGCAUUUACAAUCCAAUCAAAAUCCGUACUGUGGCACUCUUUCAGUACAAGUUGGCUAUUACUUUUCUUGGCUCAAACACUUAUCAGAACCAAAAUAUUGGACAUUUUCUAGUGAAAGUUGAAGACUAGACUAAGGGGUCCUGUGCAGGUCACAACCACUAGGGGGCAUAGCUUCACAAUAUCAAGGCUUUGCUGUGAUGUGUGAUGUGCGAUGUGCUAAGCAGCGGUAUAUUCCUGAGUUUGUUUCUUUGAUUUUGACUUUACAGCAUCUUUCAUCUUUAAAUGCAAUUUCCGAGAACGUCGACGACAUGCGUUUCAAUUAUGACGCGUGACGUAACAAAUAACGCAAUCAACGUGGCGCUCGUACUUGUCUUCUUUUAAUGGCUUAUCACAACAGAAAUAUUGGACAUUUCCUGAAAGAGGUGACGAAAGGCCAAGCGAAGCACUUACUCACUUCAUCCUAUCCUGUCCUUGCAUGUUAUCCAGGGAUUGUUAUGAUAUGCGGUUUUGUCCUGAAUUCAUUUAUUUCGUUGGUGUUUCCACUUUACGACAUAUUUCAACUCUUAGAUGGUAUUGCUUCACAUUUAGUUUCAAAUAUGCAGAAGAAGGUUACAUUAAAGUAUUGCUAUAUCUAUAGUACAUCAGCUAUAUACAGUAGCUACACUUGACAUGUUUUCAUUAGGACAGUAAUCCCUCGCCACGUUUCAGAAGUAUAGGAAUACAUCAUGCUGUUCUGUGGUUGAAUACAGCCUAUCAUGAGUCCAAAAGUUUGCCUAUUGAAGCACAUUUUACACAUUUUUUGCCUAAAUUAUGCAUUGUCAAGCACAGAAAUGGCUAAAAGAAGUAAAAUACUAAUAAAAGGUACUCGGAAGACGCAUUCAAAGACGCUACUAUGAUAUGUAGUAUUCUACACUGGCCACUAGGUGUUUAAUGUUGUGCGAGACACACAAGCACCAGACUUGAUUGCCGGAACAACAGGUUUUUAUUGCAGGUUUGAAUUAUUUCAGAACAGGCAAAAUAAUUCCCUAACACGGGCUAUUGUUGUGUCCGUAACCCAAACUUCCGGUCCUCCCCCCACUCAGCUUCCCUUACAGCAACACACACAAGCGCAAGUCUUAUUUCUAUCUUAUUUUCUUUCUUUCUUUCUUAUUAUGUCCACUGCAUUGGGUAUUACUAGCGUAAAGGUGACUAUCGGGGUGUCACUCCAUGUCUAGAGGGCUCUAACAAUGUUAAAAACAUAUGUAGAAGUGUUGUAAACAGGUUUUCUACAAACUCUUCUAUUGCAUUUACAAAUAAGCAAUGGUACCUGUUGGGAAUACACUUAUCACAAUCACGUCUGGAACCAAUUAACCGCAAUAAAUGAGGGGUUACUGUAUUGCUAUUGUUAUUACUUUAUAGUCCUAUUAUUAGAUAAUUUUAUGUUUAAAAAUAUUAUUCCAAUUACAGUAUAGUAUUAUUCAUCGCCAGAGAUUGCUACAUUUGACACAUUAUUAUUAUUAUUAUUAUUAUUAUUAUUAUUAUUAUUAUUAUUAUUAUUAUUAUUAUUAGCUAUAGCUACACUAGAGAUGUUUAUAUUAUUCAGAUGAUUUUCAAAUAUCUGUGUUCAUCCAAAGAGCCUGGCUGGUGAGCUCUAAUUGGCCCCUCCUCCUCAUCUUCCAUGCAUCAGGAAGCCACAACACUAAGCCUCUUCCUCCUCCUCCUCCUCCUCCUCCUCCUCCACCUCCUCCUGCAUGCCCUUAAUGACUAUUUUUGGUGGAUUAAGUGGUGUAAAGAACACAGCUUGGAAUUGCUACGUUUAUAUACCUGUAUACAGUCUAUAUACUGUACAUGACGCUGGGCAUGCCCUCUUGCUGCUUUUCAAUGAUUUUGAUGGAGUCUUGUGUUAUUUGAGUGUGGACUGAGGCCAAGAACCAGGCUGUCUAGCACAUUAGGCACCACCCCCUCUUUGGAAGUUUGAAAUGUGAGCUGCCUUUUUUUUUUUUUUUUUUACUCCCCUCCCCUCCUGUCCUGUCUCCCUUCUGGCUGUGUGGCUCUGCUUCUGUGUGAUGUGUGUAUUGGGAGAGCAAGCAAUGGAUCACUAGACAGAAAACAGGAGAUACAUCAAUAGCAGCUGCAUACAUACAUACUGAGAAACCAACUGCUGCAGGAGGUGUCAGUCUGACUCAGCUCUUCUGUCGUCGUGGUGUGAGGAACUGGGACGCCUUCUCCUCCUCCGUCACCAAAAGAACCGGCAAAACGAGCCUCCAGGAAAAGUGCCCAUGCAGCCCCCAAUGAGCUCCAUGAAGCCCGGCCUCUCACACGGAGAUGGGUCUUUUCCCUACGACUCGGUCCCCUGGCAACAGAACACCAACCAACCUCCAGGCUCGCUCUCCGUGGUGACCACGGUCUGGGGCGUCACCAACACCUCGCAGAGCCAGGUUUUGGGGAACCCCAUGACCAACAACAGCAACCCCAUGAACCCAGGAGGCAACCCCAUAGGUUCGGUGAUGUCAGGUAACAAUCCAGGGAUGAACCCCUCGCAGUUCACCGGUCCUCAGCAGCAAUUUCCCAACAAAGGCAACUCCAACCAGGGUUACAUACAGCAGGCCAUGUACGGGCGCCCUAACUACCCCGGUGGUGGGGGCUUUGGCGGCAACUACCAUGGGGGCCCUAAUGCUGGACCCGGAGGCAUGGGCAUCCCUCCACACUCCCGUCCACCAUCGGACUUCACCCAGCCAGCUGCUGCUGCCGCGGCUGCUGCUGUGGCUGCGGCUGCCGCCACGGCGACCGCUACUGCCACCGCCACAGUCGCCGCUCUGCAGGAAACUCAGAAUAAGGACAUGAAUCAAUAUGGACCUAUGAGUUCGUCUUUCCAGAUGGGACCAAACCAAGCGUACAAUAGCCAGUUCAUGAACCAGCCAGGACCCCGUGGACCCCCAUCUCUCCCUGGCAACAUGGGCUCAGGGUUGACUGCAUCCAGUAUGAGCGGACCCCCAAUGGGGAUGAACCAGCCCAGGGGCCAAGGCAUGGGGCCCUUUGGGGGCCACGGCCAAAGGAUGCCCCAGCAGGGGUAUGCUGGACCCCGGCCGCAAGGCAUGCCUAUGCAAGGCAUGAAGAGGCCAUAUCCCGGGGAGCCUAACUAUGGGGGGCAGCAGUAUGGACCAAACAGCCAGUUCCCCAACCAGCAGGGCCAGUACCCGACACCCAAUGCUUCCAGGCCGCUGCCGUCCAACAACUACCCCAGUCAACGGAUGCCAGGACAGCAGCUGCAGUCCCAGUAUCCACCACCGAGUGGUCCUAUGGGACAGUAUUAUAAGCAAGAGCCACCUUUUAACGGCCAAACCAACAACUUCUCUGGGAGUGGUUAUCAGUACAACCAGGGGAAUAUGAAUGGGCCACCCAGACCGAUGGGCAGCUACCCCCACUCUCCAGUACCGGGAAACCCCACCCCUCCAAUGACCCCAGGAAGUAACAUCCCUCCAUACUUAUCACCGAAUCCGGACGUGAAGCCGCCGUUCCCUCCUGACAUCAAGCCAAAUAUGUCCGCUCUUCCUCCACCACCAGCCACCCACAACGAGGAGCUGCGCCUCACCUUCCCAGUGCGUGACGGCGUGGUCCUGGAGCCCUUCAGGCUCGAGCACAAUCUGGCUGUCAGCAAUCAUGUGUUCCACUUACGGCCCUCAGUGCACCAGACUCUUAUGUGGAGGUCAGACCUCGAGCUGCAGUUCAAGUGCUACCACCAUGAGGACCGCCAAAUGAACACCAACUGGCCGGCGUCUGUGCAAGUAAGCGUCAACGCCACACCUCUUACCAUCGAGCGGGGGGACAACAAGACGUCCCACAAGCCCCUACACCUGAAGCACGUCUGCCAGCCAGGCAGGAACACCAUCCAGAUCACAGUCACCGCCUGCUGCUGUUCGCACUUGUUCGUGCUGCAGCUGGUCCACAGGCCGUCGGUCCGGUCCGUCCUCCAGGGUUUACUGAAGAAGAGACUAUUACCCGCUGAACAUUGCAUCACCAAAGUCAAGAGGAACUUCAGCAGCGUAGCAGUGUCCUCAGGCAGCGGCGCCCUCAAUGGCGAGGACGGCGUGGAGCAGACGGCCAUCAAGGUGUCCCUCAAAUGUCCCAUCACCUUCCGGCGAAUACAGCUGCCUGCAAGAGGCCACGACUGCAAGCACGUUCAGUGUUUUGAUUUGGAGUCGUAUCUACAACUGAACUGCGAGCGAGGCACAUGGCGAUGCCCCGUAUGCAAUAAAACAGCUUUGUUGGAAGGCCUUGAGGUGGACCAGUACAUGUGGGGCAUCUUGAACGCCAUCCAAAACUCUGAGUUCGAGGAGGUGACGAUCGACCCCACAUGUAGCUGGCGGCCGGUGGCCAUCAAGUCCGAAAUCCACAUCAAGGAGGACCCUGAUGGUCCUCUGGCAAAGAGGUUUAAGACCAUGAGCCCCAGCCAGAUGAUCAUGCCCAACGUCAUGGAGAUGAUCGCCCAGCUCGGUCCAGGACCCUCGCCGUACAUGUCUCAGCAAGGGGGCAACACCAGCGAAUACGGCAGUCAAGGCAACAACUACCAAGGCCACGGCAACUUCGACUUUCCUCACGGUACGCCGGGCGGGACAUCGAUGAAUGACUUCAUGCAGGGCCCCCAGCUGUCCCACCCGCCCGACAUGCCCAAUAGUCUGAUGACGCAAGACAAACCUCUUUCACACAGCAUGGCCGACUCGAUACCUCACUCUUCCAGCAAUGAGCAGUCACAAGGUCCAUUGCAGCACAGCUUACAUGGUUCCCCCCACCCGGUGAGCCAAUCGGGGCAGCAGCUCCACCACAGCGGACCCCCGCCAUCCUCGCGACAAGCUCCGCCCCCUCCUCAGCAGCAACAACAACAGCAGCAGCAACAACAGCAGCAGUCUGGCCCCAACAGCCACCCCCAUGGCGACCUGACCUUCAACCCCUCCAGUUUGGACAGCCAAGCCGGCUCGGACAUGCCGGAACCUUCUUUAGACCUUCUUCCAGAGCUGGCCAACCCGGACGAGCUCCUGUCCUACCUGGACCCCCCGGACCUCCCCAGCAACAGCAACGAUGACCUCCUGUCUCUGUUUGAAAACAACUGAGGCGCGUGCCGGGGGCGUGGACUUUUGCACCCGGACACACACUCCGUACUUGACGAACACAAAGAUGCACUCCCCCUUCUCUUCUUCCUUCUUGUACAGUUUUACUUGGGGGCGGGGGGAAAAACAAAACUCACAAAAGACACGUCGGAGGUCCUUUGGAACUGUGCAGCUAUAAUCCCUCGUUUUUUUAACACGUACACUUGUAGCAUUUUUAUCCAGACGGAAAAUUCCUCCAUGUUAUUCCGUUGGGAAAGGCCGCCACACAUCAUUUAAUAGCACACAAGAUCAAUACAAUGCAAAAAAAAAAACAAUGAAGAUUAAUUCAUUUUCGAUUCAUUAUGUUCCCUUUUUACUAUAAUUGUGGUAUUUUUCGUGAAAAACUGGAAGGCCGAUCAGUUUUUUAUGUUUCUACGUAGUCAUGAGUCAUUAAUCUGUUAAUUACCUCAAUCCAUUAAUUGAAGCAUUUAAUUAUCAAAACAAUUGUUGCAAAAGACCAACUAAAAUAUUUCUCUUGAUUUAACGGUUAAAAAUUAUUUUGUAAAUGGCAGAAAAUACUGACUUGACUAUUCUAAAGCAGAUACUUUUUUUUUUUUACCUACUUUUGUGUGUUAGGUAAUAUCUUGCAGCAUUUUUUUUCUAAUUUUUUUUGUAAUGCCAGCCGUCGUUUUCCCACACACAGUUCAUCACAGCCUGGCUAAAUUUGGACUUGGUCAUUUCUUUCAGUAAAAUGAACAUCUUUUAGCUGGAAAGGAACGUUGAGCAAUAUAAUCUAGAGUUUAGAUUAUGGCGAGAUCCUUUAGAAUAGUUCAAUAUAUAAUACGAUACGAUAACAUCAGUGAUAUUUAACAUUAGAAACAUCCCCCCAAAAAACAAUUAGGAAUGUUGAAUAUUUAUUAUUAAUAUUUUAACAGAUUGUCUUAUGGUGUUUUACCACUUUCUUGUAUCAUUUCCAGCUAAAUUAUACUAAUUUUACAUGUAAAACAUAAUUUUUUAGUCAAAAUUUGGGUGUAAGUGCAUGCAGAAAUGUGUAUUUUAAGGGUAUUUUAUAUUUAGAAAAUGCUGGAGGCCCUAAAAAAAAGAGUUGCAGACCACAAAUGGCUCCUGUGCCACACACUAGACACUGAUGUUGCUAAGUAAAGCGUUUUUCUACAUUCAGUUAAGACCACAAAGAUUCAUAGUCUGAAUUACAGGAGUUCAAUUAAUAUAUUUUAGCUACAAAUGACACAAGAAAGAGAGAGAUUAUGCAAGAGUGGAUUAGAAUGAUGCAAUAUAUAAAACUGUAUAUUAAUAUCAGGGAUAUUAAUCAUUAAAAAAAAUGUAAAAGAAAAAAAAUUAUAAUGAAUAUACCUAAUAUUCUGUUGUGUCUUUCCAGCUAAAAUCAUCUGUUUUAAAAAAAAAUCAAUUUCUCUAAUGGUAUGAAUCAUUUUGGUCUUUCAGUUAAUGGAGGAAAUGCAUUAUUUAGUUUUUUCUGCCAUUUAAAAACAUGAUAAAUAAUAAUAUUUAAAAAACAGCAUUAAUUUGCCUCAUAACUGCUCAAAGUCAAUUAAUCAAAUGCCAAAAGCCCUUGUCUUUAUCUUAUGUUUCUCGCUAGUUUUUUUGUUUAUUUUGUGCAAAACUGUAUCUCUCUCCCUCUUAAAUGAUGUGCUGAAGUGUGCCAACCAGUACAUUUCCAAGCUAAGCGUUUGUUUUUAAUUUGACAAUUUCAAUGUAAACACUAACAUGAAGGGAUAAUGCUCAUAUCAGUACGCACAUCAAUUUACUGGAUUUUGUUUUGUUUGUUCUGCCUCAUUACACCAUUUAUUUUGGGGAACGGCUCACCAAAGUUUGAAAAAUGAAGAGUGUGCGUGUGUGUGUGUGUGUGUGUGUGUGUGUGUGUGUGUGUGUGUGUGUGAAGGUCCUAUUUGACAG